AUGGGGCCGCGGUUCGCGGAUCUACGCGGGAAGCAACACCCGACUAAGUUUCGGACUAUCGGAUGGUUGUACCGCAACUGCCUUGCAACCCAUCCUACUAGGGUUUCAUCGCUCAUUGUCGAGGACCAAGCUCGUACAUGGAUGGACAUCGGGACAGACCGCUCGGCACAAGUAUGGCCCUCGAAGGUGUUCUAUACCAACUCUAUCCUCCCUUCCUCAGGGUGGCACAGUCAGCUUCCGACUCGGGGCGUCAACGAUACGCGCGAUCCUCGUGCUUUUUUGGCCGUGAAAGCGUUCAUCGCUCAGGUACAGGAAAACCUGCCAAUGCGCACGAUCGCCGCGAGAGAACCAUCAAAGCUCCGCGCUUGGACGUACUCUUACGUUGCAGCCAAUUAG